UAAGUGAUAAGGCACCUCUUAUCUCUUAUCGAGCACGGAACAACAUUCCGCCUCUAAUUUUCGCGUCGAUGUUUUGUAAGGCGCCAUCACGUGACUCCCACACGCCUUGAAUAUUACAACCAUCAACCUACCUACACGGAGAAUCAUAGAGAAAGUCAACCAAGGGCGCCAGAUAUUGCUGGAAACCUCAUGGGUUCUUCUGAUGAGAAUGAGCGUCUAGCGCAUCCCGAGUUUUGGGAUCAGCGUUACGCUCAAGCUAACGGCGACCAACCAACUCACGAGUGGUUCCGAACAUUCGGCGACCUUGACUCAUUUUUUAACCAGAGACUCUUUAAAACCCGGAGUCCAGACGCAAAUCCGAAAAUAUUGCAUCUAGGAUCCGGAGAUAGUGAUGUGCCAGCGGGGCUUUAUGAAAGGGGCUACAAGAAUCAGCUCUGUCUUGACUUUUCGACAAUCGUUGUCGAUCUCAUGUCCAAAAAGCACUCCAAUAUGGAAGGCAUCGAAUGGAAGCAUGCUGAUGUUCGCCAUAUGGACAAUCUACCUGAAAAUUCCAUAGACGUUGCCUUCGAUAAAGGGACGUUAGAUGCUAUGAUUCAUGGUAGUCCGUGGAGCCCUCCUGACGAUGUGAAGGAUAAUACCAGCCAAUACAUUCGUGAGGUGGACCGAGUACUGAAGGACAACGGCGUAUUCCUUUACGUAACAUACCGACAGCCACACUUCGUAAGACCUCUUCUGAAUUGUGAGGGAACUAAUUGGGAUAUCGAGAUGGAUAUCCUCGGCGAUGGUGCGAGCUCUUUUGCUUACCAUGGAUUCGUCUUGAAGAAGAUCAUACAUUGAACAUCCACGGCGCCACGAGUCCCUUGAGUCUUGACAUCGCAUCGAAUCGCUCAUGCGCAAGGACAGUCUUACAGACCGCUAAGCUGUACCGAUAGCAUAAGAAGCGUUUG